AUGUUGGAUGAUGAAGAUGACCAAAGCUUUCACGCUACGCGUGACGGCUACUCCCAUUUGAGCGAUGUCGAAUGGGAUGCGGUUGAACGAAUGGGUCCGACCAUGGGCGUCUAUGCUGUUAGCGUCAUGCUAGAGGCUCUCAAUAGAGAUGCCCAACAUGCUACUAUCGCCAAGUUCAUUCAAAAUGAACUUGACGCAGAACACGAGAAAGUAGCCCUGAUUCACCAACAAGGUUCUCAACAAGCAGAGUUGUUGAGACAGCAGCAGGCUGCUGCUGGUGGGUCGAUGCACUCGCGUCGACCCGAGACCUUGAAGAUUGACAUCUCCAAGUAUAGGGGGGUCGAAGAAGACUCCCUCUUGAGAUGGUUCGUCGAAUUGGAUGACGCCAUAAGGGAGCGUCGCAUCGACGACGGGGAUAUGCAAGUGCAUUUGCCCAGUCAAAUCUGGCAGGAAGUGCCAAGACUUGGGCUUUGGGGCUCAAGCUGCACGACCCAUAUGCGUUUAGGUCGUUGGAAGUCUUCAAGUCGCGGCUCAGCCAAACGUUUAAACCACCUAGAGCUGAGUUCAGAGCUCGAACUGAACUCUUGA